GGUCGGGGAGGAGGAAGCCGGAAGUGCAUCGGCCCGGGUCGCUCUGGGCGUUGCGGGAUUGGGGCCUGGGAUCGCUCGGCCCCCGAAAGCUGAGAAGCCGGUAACCCGGCGGAGCUUCGCCAUCGCAACCCUGAGGCCUGCUGACCCACGGCAGGCUCUGCGCGCCCCUUGGAGGUCCGCGGCUACCAGAGACCGCAGAGCGACGGCGGGCGGCCCCCAGCAUGUAUGCCCCGGGAGGCGCAGGGCUGCCGGGAGGGCGCCGGAGGAGGAGCCCGGGAAGCAGCACUCUGCCGAAGCAGCCGGAGCGUAGCCUUGCUUCGGCCCUGCCUGGCGCCCUGUCUAUAACCGCGCUGUGCACUGCCCUCGCGGAGCCGGCUUGGUUGCACAUCCACGGAGGCACCUGUUCCCGCCAGGAGCUGGGGGUCUCGGACGUGUUGGGCUACGUGCACCCGGAUCUGCUGAAAGAUUUCUGUAUGAACCCCCAGACAGUGCUGCUCCUGAGGGUCAUUGCCGCCUUCUGCUUUCUGGGCAUCCUAUGUAGUCUAUCUGCAUUCCUUUUGGAUGUCUUUGGGCCCAAGCAUCCAGCCCUGAAGAUCACUCGUCGCUAUGCCUUCGCUCACAUCCUCACUGUCCUGCAGUGUGCCACCGUCAUCGGCUUUUCCUACUGGGCUUCUGAGCUCAUUCUGGCCCAGCAGCAGCAGCAUAAGAAAUACCACGGCUCCCAGGUCUACGUCACCUUUGCCGUUAGCUUCUACCUGGUGGCAGGAGCUGGCGGAGCCUCAAUCCUGGCCACUGCAGCCAACCUCCUGCGCCACUACCCAACAGAGGAAGAGGAACAGGCCCUGGAGCUGCUGUCUGAGAUGGAGGAGAAUGAACCCUAUCCAGCAGAAUAUGAGGUCAUCAACCAGUUCCAGCCGCCCCCUGCCUAUACACCCUAAUACCUUCCAGAGGUCUCUUCCUCAGCAGCCCCUCCCCCAGUGCCGCAGCUCCUUUCACACCCAGGGGAGCCCCUUCCCCCAGCAGACCUCACCGGUAGGACGCUGACCAUCUUCACCAAACCCUCCCCAAGAGACUCUGCCUUUAGGGUUAUCCAUGUGUCUCUGCUCCCAAGAGCUGGGAUUCAUAGAUUUUAUAUAAUGCACUCUUUCCCCUCCUACUACCCUCUGCUCCUUUCCUGUUCACUAGCCGCUCCCAACCAGGGAUGGUCAGACAAGUGUCCUCCCUUUGUGGGCCAUGUCUUUGGGACUGGGACUGUCAUUGGGUUGCUGCUGGUAGUGGACAGUCCCUGAGAGAGGUGCAAACAGGGCCCAAGGGGAAGGGGACUGUGCCGUGCAGGCUCACUUUGCCAGGCUCAGCCUUGGUUCCACACCCUUAGCUUUGGGCUUGACCCCCUCAUUCCGUCUGGAGUGCCCCAGGCCCAGGCUCUCCACCUCGUGGAUUCUCUGCACUUUAGUCUUUGAACUACCCCUCACAUGUGCUCUGAUUUUCUGGGGACAAGGAAUUGCUGGGGAGCAGAGCAGCCACUCUCCUGCCUUGUCCUGGCUUUGUGUGGUUGGAGCCAGGCAAGGAGGCAGAACCAGGCAAGAGACCGAUCCUGGAAAGGACCUGAGCAGUAAAGGGGGCUGAGCCCCCCGAGCCCCUUCACCUUUUAAUGUGAGUGGUUUUAAAAGGAAAAACAAAACCAACCAACAGCAGCCACAUCUCUUUUUAAAAUAGGGACAAGGCUGUUGUUUAGAAAUGUAUUCUAUCCCUUGUGGCUCUGCAAUAUUUUGGACCACAGCUCCCUCUGAGCCAGUACUCACUCUUCCCAGAGUCUCUCCAGCAGAAUGCAGGCUUUCUGCCCUGGCUCUUUCCCUCCUGGCAGCUGUGGCUCCCUGGGGCCUUUCUGUGGAACUAGAGCCACAUGGCCCCUGUGGCCCCUCAGGAGCUGAGGACGAUGGCCUGACUGGCCGGCCAGUGUGGUGCUCCUCAGAACUGUAGCACUGAGAUGUAACCUGGCCUCAGCUCAGGCACAUGGGCCAAGUAGGGCAGGACCCUCCACUCUCCAUAUAGGAACUCUACCCAGAGGCACAUCAGGUUGGUGUCAGGACCAUCCUGUCAGACACACAGGCCUGGCUAUAGCCUUCAGAUUCAGUGUGUCCCCUAGACUGUGACUUGGGGCUAUAUCUUGCUGCAUGCCCCUCUCCCCUUCUGGAAUGUAUUCUGGUCUUGCAGUGUCCUAUUGGGCUGUCACUUUGGCUAUUCUGUUUGUUCUGGGUUAAGUAUAUUUUUUUGCCUAGAGAUGUGGGGCAUAAAAUGGGUAGACCUUGAGAGGUCUACAACAUGGAUCCAGAUAGCUGAGCUGUUCUUGUUCAGUUACUAGCUUCUUUGGAAUCAGAGUCCAGUGCUGAGCUGAAAAAGAGAUGAAUUCCAAUCUCCUCCCACCCUUAAGGCAGCAGACAUUAUGAGCAAGAAUGGAGAAUGAAUGCAGCCAUUGAGCUGUGGCCACAAGAAGACUGCCACCUCCUCAUUCUUCAGCUAGAAUGAGUGGGGACAGAUGCCUGUGUGGGCGAAGACCAUGUGUGCACACGAGUAAGCCCCCUGCUUGGAGUUUAGUGCUGUGAUGCCAAAGUGUGCCCCAGGAUGACUCCCAUUCUUCCAGACACUUAUCUGAGGCAAGAAAGGCUGCCAGGUGAUGCCUGAGCACAAAAACAAGGAGCUGAAUUAGGCCUGCCUCUCUGUGAAGUCCUGAGCUCCUGACUGGCAGGUUUCUGAAGUGUGGCCAGCUCUCUCUAACAUGGCAUCUGAAUGGGCAACUAGAAGACCAGGCACCAAACAUGCAUGCCAAAGUGAAUGGUCAUCUCAUGAGGACAAGGACAUGACCCUGUGGACUGUUCCAUGUGAUUUGGAACCCACUUUUUAUUAGCUUCCCGUGCCUCUGGCCUUUCUCUUUCCUCUGCCAUUCUGACAUGGAUAGUUUGUCAUAUAAAUUCCCCCAGUUGUGUUUUUCUUUUCUAGGAAAAAAAUUAAAAAGCAAAUCAAAAAACAGAAAAACUAUAAAUAAGAAUGCAAAUGCCAAUGAUUGUCAUUUUUCUGUCAGUUUUUCAGAUGUGGUUUACUCUUCCUCUUAGAGGAGAUGAAGUUUGCAAUAUAGGACUGUUAGAAGGGGCUUGGCAUGUGCCUGGCAUCACGUGUUACAUUUUCAUCCCCGGGAGCCUCCUACUCCUGACACCUUUCACAGAGGGAGUUUCCAGGGCCCACAGCUAGAAACAGUAGGAAGCUCUGCUCAAGAUUCUACUCAGUUCGACUUCAAACUGAGCUGCUCUCUUCAUGCCCUGAUUAGCUGCAGAAGAGAGUGGUUUCAGAACUCUAGCCAUCUGUGGCUUGCAGAAGCUGCCCUUUCUUUGAAACCACAGCAAGUGAUACUUUCUGGGAGAAGCCUGAGAGUACAAAUGGUUCAGGAAGAAUGGCCUGUAGAAUAGCUCUUCCAACCAGGUGAUGGUUGAAGCCUUAAUGGUUGCCUGUACUCUUCAUUCAUUCAUUCACUCACUCAGCCCGUGCACCAGGCCCCAAGUGUAUGUGUACUUGGUGAAAGAGCUUGAACUCCUCUGGAGAGUGGUCCAUUCUUGGCAGGAUGCAUGUUUUUCUUGGAAACGUAGUAUGUUCUCAUUUCAUGUCCACUGAGACAUUUAUAUGAAGGGUCUCUUGGGUUAUGCAAAAAACACCACUAGGCUCCAUGAAAGGAACAUAGUACUGACAGGAACCUGUCUCCCAGGAUUGUAUGUCCUUAGUUUGAGGGAGGCAGAAUGAAGUAAGUGGCCUCAUGGAUACCUUGGCAGAGUCCUGUGCCAAGCACAGAAGGCAGGUUCUGAACAGGAUGAUUUCUGACAGCUUCCUGGAAGGAGCAGCUGGUGCCAUGUUGAUGUGGGAGAGUAUUUGGGGAAGGGGCAUUCUCACUUAAGAAAUGGCGCUGGUCACCAGAAUGUGGUGAGAGGUGAGAAAGCUGAAAGUUCCACACACUUCCUCCUAAGGGGAGCCUUAGGAGGGCUCUGAAGAGAAAGGGGACCCAGCUUUGUGGACUGCUGGGAGUGUGGAGAGGCUGUGGUGUUAAGCAUCUGAGGGUGGGAAUUGGGGGACAGAUGGGCAUUAUAUGGUAUAUGGAGGACCCUGAGUCCUGGUAGAAGAAGGAGGAGAGAACAGUUGCAGCCAGGUCCAGAGGUAGAAAGCCUAGGAGCUUCAUCGCUGCUGUAGUGUACUACAAGGUAAAUUGGCCUUGUGGCCCAAGAGGGCCUCACACAAGACAGACUGUCAUGAAGGGCAGCAAGGAGAAGGUGGCCUAGGGAAACAAAGUGGUUGUUGCACCUGAAGGAAAAGCAAUUCUCUCUAAAUAGCCUCAGAAUCUUCAGCUGGCUUCUCACCCAAAAGUGCUCAUGGCCUGGACCACUAUAUUAUGAAAUACAAGGUUCUGUAGGGAGACACAAAGGAACUAAUAAACUUUAUGGCCUUUGUUUUCAAA